AUGGCAUCCCCAGCUAUCCCACAGAAGCGAACCUAUAGGCACAAAUCACACUCGGAAGAAUUGAAGAAUAAACGUAUCUGCACCGCGGCAAGCAUAGCUGCGGCAAAGGUAUCACAGCAGGCACCUACGAUCGAACGAGUCCUUACCAUCUCAGAAGAUGCCGUCUGGUCACUCCGCAAAUCCGAUCUCCGAACUCACUUCCUCACUCUUCAACAAUACACUCAAUCACUGUCGGAUGCGGUGCCAAGAACCGAUUGCAGUGUAGAUGCCCACGUGCCGCCCUCCGAUGACCCUCGUCUUGGGCCCCAUCCCCGCCAACUCCAAUCCCACAUUUACCUCUCCUGCGUAUUUGAAGUUGCGGUCCUCCACCUCAAUCGCCAAAUAUACCACGAAGCGCUCCCAAUAUUCUACGGCGAUCCCCUCCAAACCAUCUCUAUAACCGUCAAUUACAAUCUCUGGGCGCACAAGACGCAACGCUCCGAUCUAGUUCUCUCAUCAUCCCUCACCUCAUCUAUUCGAAAUCUGUCGCUUUCCAUCCAGCUCGGUAGUGAGAAACGAAAACAGAAACCCGAAGAUUUUGAAGCUGAGGCGAGACUAAAGGAAGUAGCUAAAGGUAUCAAGAAACUGAGGAAAUGGUUAGCAGGAGCCGAUAUUCAAGUUCUGACAAUUGGGUGGCAAGAGCCACCGCAAACUUAUACAUUGGAGCAGAAGAAAGAGGUUUUGGAUGGGCUUAGACCUCUGAGGGCAGUAAGGGUGGAGGCCGGAGAUAUAAAUUGGGGCUUGGAUUGGAACAAGGGAAAGAAAUUUAGGUUUGACGUUGAUUAUUUAAAAGAGUUGGAAAGAGAACGAUUCUGA